AUGGGAACUGUCGUGUCCAAAAGGAGGCAUUUAAGAAACGAUGCGAUAUCUUCUGUGGCGGCAAAAGUUAGAGCAGCGCGAGCAUUUGGAGAGAACCUGUCCCACACACACUCUGAAAACCGAAACGGAUCAGCUCAUCUUCUGUGUGAAACCUUGGUGGGUCCGGACCCAGAGUCGCCAAGUGACACGAUUGGCCCCAACAACAACAACCACCCCCAUCUCUGCACCAACACUACCAAGGGCUGUAAGGAGAACACAGAGCCCAGCUUGGUAAAACAGCCACUGGGCUUGCUCCAGCCACCUCCCCCCUCCAUCACCAUUUCUACCAAGCCGGCGCGGUUGUCCCUUGAGCGCAGCUUCUCAGCUGAGGAAGACCAGCAGAAGUGUGUCGAGUGCACCCUGCAGCCUGCCCGCGUGUACACCAUCACUACCCAGCACGGUAUGCUGAUGAGCAGCGGCCGGGGCAGCAAGGAGAGCCUAGAACUGGACGUCCUGAAGGAAAAGUCGGGGGGUGGCGGCGUGGGAUCCAGAGGUGGCUUGAUCCAGCCCUCCACUUCCCCUUCUUCCACCUCUUCAUCUCCGACUCAGUAUCACCACGCCAGCAGCGGCCGUGGCACCAGCAGCUGUGGUAGCAGCCACCACCACAGCAACCAUCACCACAGCAAUCAUCACCAUAGUAACCACCACCACCACGCCAUCAUGGGCACCAAUGCGCCCUCCAGCAGCGGAGGAGGCAGCGGGGCAAGCGGAAGCAGCAGUAGCAGCCAGCAGCAGCAGCAGUCUCUAAACGUCGCCGGUUCCCACUCCCAUCAUGCAUCACACCACUCCCACCACCACCAUCACCUGUCUCAACCCAUGCUGCAGACGUCUGUCAGUGCCCACAACAUCCGCAGCUGGGGCGAGGGUGGAAAAGGAGAGGCGGAGUGCAGCGGGCUGGCCUGUGACUCGUGCAGUGGCGCCCCCUCACGGAGCCAGGGCUCCCUGGACCUGGACAGUGCGUCCCGAGAGGCAGGCAAGCAGCACAGACGCCUAGAGCGGAUGUGGAGUGUGGACCGGGUGACUGGGCUGGAGAGAGAAGAUAAUAACUGGUUCCCCAAGGAAAAUAUGUUCUCCUUUCAAACUGCUACAACGACCAUGCAGGCGUGAGUGGCUUUCCGGGGAUUUGUGCAGAGAAAAAGGAUAGUGAGGGAACAGGAUUCAGCAGAAGUCAUCCCGAGGAACUUCCGGAAGCAUCUUCGGAUGGUGGGCAGCAGAAGGAUUAAAGCACAGACAUUCGCUGAGCGUAGAUCGAAGAGUUUCAGCCGUUCCUGGAGUGACCCCACCCCUGUCAAGACUGACUCUCCUCAUGAAUCCAGAGACAGCGGAGACCUGCAGACUUCCUGUGGCACCCUGGACGAAGGAGGCCUCGAUGACGCUAUAGACUGGGAGGAGGAGAGAGAGAUGGAGCGGCUCGCCUGCGAGGGAGACGACUUUAUACCUCCCAAAAUAAUGCUGAUUUCUUCUAAGGUCCCCAAGGCGGAGUAUGUUCCCACUAUAAUCCGCAGGGAUGACCCCUCCAUCAUCCCCAUCCUCUAUGAUCAUGAACAUGCAACUUUUGAUGAUAUUUUGGAGGAAAUAGAGAAGAAGCUCACAGCUUACAGGAGAGGAAGCAAGUUCUGGAGGAUGCUCAUCUUUUGUCAGGGAGGCCCCGGUCAUCUGUAUUUACUGAAGAAUAAAGUGGCAACAUUCGCUAAGGUGGAAAAGGAGGAGGAUAUGAGCCAAUUCUGGAGGAGGCUCAGUCGCUUCAUGAGUAAAGUCAACCCAGAGCCCAACCUCAUCCAUAUAAUGGGAUGCUAUGUCCUGGGCAACCCCAAUGGAGAAAAGCUGUUCCAGAAACUGAAGAAUCUGAUGAGGCCUUAUUCUGUCGAGUUCGAGUCACCGCUGGAGCUGUCUGCACAGGGCAAAGAGAUGAUUGAGAUGUACUUCGACUUCCGCCUCUACCGACUUUGGAAGACACGCCAGCACUCCAAACUCUUGGACUACGAGGAUUUCUUGUGACGAAGACACCAGGAUGAUGGGUGCAGCGGAGCCCUCCAGCGCCAGGAGGAACCAAACCGAUCCAAUGACUGAACAUUGCUCAACUGUAGUGCUCCACCCAUCCGCUCAAUAUAAAACAGUCAUACCUGCUUUCAUCCUGGAGAGGGCUGGGAGAGGAGGAAGAGGGGUGGCAGGACAAGGAGGCUGAAGACAAACUAAAUGAUGCUGUGUCUCUGUUCUUCUUCAUUUCCAGAGUGAGGGUCAAAGACUAACAAAAAGGGCCGAAAUAAUACAAACAAAAGAAAAAAUGAAGAAAAAGUGGAGACAAGUGGACUACCCACAUCAACUCUCUCUGCCUCUUGAGUUUGAAAGCAAAAGGAGAAUCAAAAAGUCAAGUGUGUACAAAUAAGAAAUACCCUUUUAGUCACAACUCUGUUGCAAGGACAUACUUUUUGAGGCUGAAGUGCUUCAGAAAAAUCGCUGAAAGUAAUUCUGUCAUAACACGGUUCUGUGUUUUGACCGGACCUCUCAGAUAAUCUAAAACCCCGAAGACAUACAUAUACAUUAAUAAUCCAUAUGCCGAUCUGUGUAUAUAUCACAUGAAUAUAUUAGCAUAGAUUUAGUCAUGCAAAUAUUACUCAUAAGAUAUGAGAAUAAUGAUGCAUCAUUUAUUUUUGAUGUGCAUUGUUGUGCAGUUUCAUAUGAAAAUACUUUUGAAUAACUCAGGUUUUAGCCAUGAAGUAAUUAAUCUGUUUGUCUAAUCUAUCAAGAUAUUAUCCUAUCCUCAUC